CAUUCGCACCUCCGCGGCACUUCUGUGCAAUUGACAGCGCGCAGAACGCACCAACGACUCAUGAGACCCCAUUAGCAAACCUGUUGACGAGCGGACUGUCCUUAUUUUUAACCUUCAGAUUCUAUUCUUAUACUGUACGAAGUUGAUCUCAGCCUACAGAGAAAUCAUCUUGGAGGGCGAGAAGUGGGGCUAUCCUCUGUCAUUAUUAAUAUUCGCUCAGGAUGGCAGUGGACUUUAGUUGCGCAGUUCACGCCUCAGUUUUAUUGGGCUGUGUGAUUAUCCUCAGUAACGUCCUAUGUCCCGUUGGUGCGUACCUCUACAACAACCGCUAUGCAGGUGAUCAAGUCUUCAGGAUAACGCCCAGCAACGAGGGGGAGGUUCAGGAGCUCAAGAAACUCCUGGGAAACAUAAAGGUGGACCUGUGGCAGCCCAACAGUGCCUCUCUGAUCCGAAACAACGCCACUGUGGACGUGCAUGUGAGACGGAACAACACGCGAGGGAUUCGUGCACGCCUCCAGAAGGAACACAUCGAUUUUAAGGUGUUCAUAUCUAACCUUCAGAAGGAAAUUGAAAAGCAGACGGGAUAUCGCUCUUCCCGCAAGAGGAGGUCUGAAUCCCUGUAUGACUAUGAGGUGUACCACUCUCUGGACGAGAUCCAGAGUUGGAUGUUUGAGAUCAACAGGACCCAUCCUCACCUGGUGGACAUGUUCUCUAUAGGGAGGUCAUAUGAAGGCAGGCCCCUCUAUGUGCUUCAGCUAGGAAAGAGAACGCGGACCUAUAAGAAGGCAGUGUGGAUAGACUGUGGGGUCCAUGCAAGGGAGUGGAUCGGACCAGCCUUCUGCCAGUGGUUUGUCAAAGAGGCUCUGCAUUCCUACCAGAAUGACUCUGUCAUGAGACGACUGAUGAACCAGCUCAACUUCUACAUCAUGCCUGUCUUCAACGUGGACGGAUACAUCUUCAGCUGGACUACGGAUCGUUUCUGGAGGAAAACCCGGUCCAAAAACGCCAAGUAUCACUGCAGAGGUGUUGACGCCAACAGGAACUGGAAAGUAAAGUGGUGUGAGGAGGGUGCAUCCUCCCACCCCUGUGAUGACACGUACUGCGGACCCUUCCCUGAGUCCGAGCCGGAAGUCAAGGCAGUGGCCAAGUUCCUGCGGAAGCACAAGAAGCGUGUCAAGGCCUACAUCUCCAUCCACGCCUACGCCCAAAUGUUGCUCUACCCCUACUCCUAUAAAUACGCCACCAUCCCUAACUUCAACUGUGUGGAGUCAGCUGCACUCAAUGCAGUGACUGCCCUGUACUCUGCAUAUGGAGUGAGGUACAGAUAUGGACCUGCCUCCACCACGCUGUAUGUCAGCUCAGGCAGCUCCAUGGACUGGGCCUAUAGGAACGGGAUCCCUUAUGCUUUUGCCUUUGAACUGCGGGACACAGGCUACUUUGGUUUCCUGUUACCUGAAGCUCUGAUCAACCCCACCUGCACUGAGACCAUGAGAGCGGUGAAGACCAUCUCAUCAGGCCUACUAAAGAAGUGUGAGACAGGGAUGUAUCAGCUGGACAGGGAGAGAUAUCCAUAUCUCUGAGAUAUACAGACAUUUACAGUAUAUCUGCAUCUGCUAGCAAAUAACUACGGGUGGUGGGUUAUUGUGCCAAAAAGGAAAAUGCAACAUGUAUCAUGCAAGCCUUGAUUUUUACCCAAGAGUGGUCACACUCCAUUUUAUGUCUGUAUGUUAGAGGAUAUAGUGGUACUUGAAAAUGCCCUCAAACUGGUUUCAAAUGUUACAUUAUUUAGAUGCCAGAUUACAUAAAACCUUCAGCUUGUACUAUCAACAACUUGACUGUUUACAGUGUACGGUGGACAGAAGCACUGAAUUCUAUUUUCAAGAGACUGAUAUUGCAUUUCACAGCGACUUUUUCUUGAACUUGCAGUUUUUACCCAUUAAAGCUUCACUAUCUGGAGCACCAUCAACUAGCUCAGUGGUGUAGUGAUGCCUGGAGAAUUGGGUAUAUUCUAUCUUUUGCCAAAGAUGUCCAAAACGGCCCGCCCAGUGAAUUCUAUGAGAAACAGUGACAUACACUCUGAAUGACCUAAAAUGAUAAAUCCCAUAUUGGUCUUUCACAGUCAGGCCAAGCCAAGCUGUACUGUGCAAGUAGGCUAAUAGUAGGUCUACUAUUGAAACAGAUACAUGAGGCUGGCCAACUGACUCAGAAAUUCACAGGUUUAUUCAUUCUUAACGUCCGUUUUUUAAUAGAAAAACUACAAAAUGGAAUGUUGUAUGUCCAUAACAAUGUUUAAACCACAUCAGGAGACCACUUUUGAGAUCUGGGAAAAAUCCAAGAAAUUUAGACUUUUGAGUGUAGUUACCCUUUAAUUUGCAGGCACCUAGCACUGUCGUUUGGUUAGCGGUGUUUCUGUAGGACAUGAGAUUGAGUUUGCAAAACAAAUGGCCACUAGAUUGAUGCAAAUAAUCAUGAUAUCAUUCUGCCAGGGAGGCAUAGGCUACUU